GUAGUUGUCAUUUUGACUAUUGCGCCAUUCGGAUAAAAACCAAAUUAGAAUCUACGCAAGCGACGAGAAAAACCAAGCGAAAUGAGCUUCCUAGUGAAUAAUAGUGACUCGGACACGGAGGACAAUGACUCCUUCCAUUCCUUCAACGAAAGCGCAUCCUGGGAGGAUCUGAGCCUCUCUCUUUCGGAGAGCGAAUGCGACAGCGCCGCGGACUUUGAGUCGGGAUCGGAGCAUGAGACUUCGAUGGAGAAUGCGGAGACUACGGUCGAGCAGCCAGAGCAAUUGGCUCUGGCCACUGGGCAGUCUCCUAAGCCCACCUUUUCUGGGGUCAUUCUGAAGCCAAAGUCGCCCGACUUCGAGAUCCACUCCAGCGACUCCUCCGCCUGCGAUGGCAUCUCCACCGGCAAGGCCACCCAGGUGACGGGUCGCUUCAAGAUGCCCAAAAAGUUCAACAUCUCGCCCAUAAGCCAGCAGAAGCCGGCCCCCGUAUUCUGCUGCCCCAGGCAGGUGCCACCACUGAUGUCGAAGCAGGUGCCCAGCAAGGAACUCUUCAGCCUGGACCAACCGGCAUCGGUGCUGAAGGAGCACCUGACCACCAACCGCCAAACGGAGGCCUUGCAGAAGUACGCCUUCACCGAGAUUUGGGUGGGUUCGCAGCAGAAACCCAGCCAGCCUAAGAGCACUCGCCUGCGGGAGUUUUCCAGGGCCCUGGAGGCCUAUUUUGACAAGGAUUCUUCCAAAAAGAGUGGCUUUAAUUCGGAGCCCGUUCAGAAGGACUUGGAGCCAUCAAAAAUCCUUAAGGCUCCUCCGAAGAGUGUCAAGUCCGUGGAGGAGGAGUAUGUGUCUCCCUUCCCUAGUGUGUCUGUGCAUCCUGCUCCGAAGGUAUCGCCCCUGUUAAAGGGGGCCAAGGAACCCAUUACAGUGCCUGCUGGCUUUGAUUUGACCCGAUUGGCUGAGAUCAAGAAUCCAAACCACUGGCACCGCCGACCCAACAUGCGCACUGGCGAUCGCAUCUACUAGACCACCUACUACCCAUAUUUUACUCUAUAAUCAAGGUCAACACUCAAUUACUGUUUCAUCAUCAUAAUUGAUACUCAACUAUUAUUACUUCAUUACGAUACUCAAAAGGGCUGGCCAAUUUGACAUUGAUUAUGUUAGGCUGUUAUCCUGCUGCAAUAAAGGACUGGGAACUAUGAAAGCAA